UGCAAGAGAUCCCUGCUCGUGUUUGGAAAGUUGUUCCAUGAUGAAGUCCUAAACUGGGUCAUGGAGACUCUUGGAUGCAGCCUUUGACAAAGGACACAGGCACUUACUGGGUAUCUCCUGAUGCCAACCCACGUGCUGGAUGCUGGGAGGACAUCACUGCCCAGAGGAUCUUCCAGCUUGGGGCAGGGAGGCUCAGAAAGGUGGACCUACAUGACAACCUGCAGUGAUGGCAAGUGCUGAAAUGAAGAUGGCACUGGCUCCUGGGAGAGGCAUGAGCCCAGCCUCUGUGACACUGGCCAGCACCCUGCAGGUCAGGGGCGAAGCUCUGUCUGAGGAGGAAACCUGGUCCCUCCUGCUGCUGGCUGCGGAGCAGAUCGUGGAAGACCUUCGCAAUGAUUCCUCCGACUACGUGGUCUGCCCCUGGUCAGCCCUGCUUUCUGCAGCUGGGAGUCUUUCUUUCCAAGGCCACGUUUCUCACAUAGAGGCUGCUCCUUUCAAGGCCCCCGAACUACUGCAGGGACAGAGUGAUGAUGAGCAGUUGGAUGUGUCUCAGAUGCACGUCUAUUCUUUAGGAAUGACCCUCUACUGGGCAGCAGGGUUUCAUGUUCCGCCAAACCAGCCCCUGCAGCUGCGCGAGCCCCUGCUCUCCCUGCUGCUGACCAUGUGCGAAGACCGGCCUUGCAGGCGGCGGCCGCUGCACUCGGUUCUGGAAGCUUGUCGGGUCCGCGAGAAAGAAGUGGCUGUGUACCCGGCCCCUGCCAGCCUCCACGUCCGACGGCUCGUUGGCCUGGUGCUGGGCACCAUCUCCGAGGUGGAGAGAAGAGUCGUGGAAGAAAGCUCCUCCAUGCAGCAGAACAGAAGCUACCUGCUCAGGAAGCGGCUGCAUCAGGCCAGCAGUGCCAGCCCAGCGGCGCGGGCGCUGGAGUGUAUGCACCCUUGCAGAGUUUCAGAAAGAAGCACAGAGACGCAGAGCUCCCUGGAGCCCCAUUCGAGCACCUCAGCAUGCAGUCACUGCAGCCACUUUGUUAACCGUGCUCUCCCAGGGGCAGUUUCCCAGGACAAUCGGGAGGUCCAGCGGCUCAGCUCCAGAUCCACGGUCUCGGGGGCAGAAAGCUCACGGCCUGCAACUCCUUCUCAAAUGGGUUUCCUGCAAAGAAAGGGCAAGUUUUCCAGGCCAGAGUUUGUCCUGCUGGCUGGAGAGGCCCCCGUGACCCUGCAUCUGCCUGGAUCAGUUGUGACCAAAAAAGGAAAAUCCUAUUUGGCGCUCAGGGACCUCUGUGUGGUCCUGCUGAGUGGGCAGUGUCUGGAGGUGAAAUGUGACAUGGCGUCAACAGCAGGAGCUGUCUUCAACGCCGUGAUGUCCUUUGCCAACCUUGGGGAAAUCACCUAUUUUGGCUUGGCUUACAUGAAAGGCAAAGAGUUCUUUUUCCUGGACAAUGAGACCAGGUUGUGCGAAAUAGCCCCUGAAGGCUGGAGAGAGCAGCCCCAGAAGACCUCCAUGAACACCUUCACACUCUUCCUGAGGAUAAAGUUCUUUGUCAGCCACUAUGGGCUGCUCCAGCACAGCCUGACAAGGCAUCAGUUUUACCUGCAGCUUCGGAAAGAUAUCCUGGAGGAGAGGCUGUGCUGCAAUGAUGAGACACUGCUGCAGCUGGGGGUCCUCGCCUUGCAGGCUGAAUGUGGCAAUUACCCAAAGGAGCAGGUAGAGAGUCAGGCGUACUUUCGAGUUGAAGAUUACAUCCCAGCAAGUCUGAUCGAGAGAAUGACUGCUCUCCAGGUCCAAGCGGAAGUCUCGGAGAGACACCGGCUCGGUUCUGCACUUUGGGGAGAGGAUGCUGAGCUGCAGUUCUUGACGGUCACUCAGCAGCUCCCGGAAUACGGCGUGCUGGUUCACCGGGUAUUCCCAGAGAAGAAGAGGACAGACGGGGAGCUGGCCUUGGGGAUCUGUGCCAAGGGUGUCAUAGUAUAUGAAGUGAAACACAGCAGCAGAAUUGCAACUUUGCAGUUUCAGUGGAGAGAAACCAGGAAGAUUUCGACUUACCAAAGAAAGUUCACCAUCACAAGCAGCGUCACUGGGAAAAAGCACACGUUUGUCACCGAUUCAGUCAAGACCUGUAAAUACUUACUGGGCCUCUGCUCUGCCCAGCACGGGUUUAACGCACAGACGGGCUCUGGGCGGCCUCCCCAAGUUUUAACGGACCAUCAUAAGUUUGUGCAAAUGGCCAAUUUGAGUCCCGCACACCAGGCCCAGUGCAAGCCUCUCACUUGGAUGCAGAGAUUGUCGUGCUCAGAAAACGAGUUGUUUGCACCCGGGCUGCAGGGCGCUGCAGGAGGCCCGCUGAGCACAUCGCUGGAUAACUUCCACGUGGAAGCCAGCAAGGAGCUUGCCGCAGAAAGCAUGGGAGCCAGCCCCUGCACUGGCCGGGAGCGGCCGGAGACUGCCUGUUUGAUCCAGAAGCCAACGACUUGCGACCCUUUCUCUGAGCCACCUGUUCAGAGCCCGUGCACGGGGUCACAGAAUAACAGGAGCAAGAGUUUUACAGCGGAACCAGGCCGAGAGAUCGUGUGUGUGACCCUGAAGCGCGAUCCACAGCGCGGUUUUGGCUUUGUCAUUAAUGAGGGAGAGAAUGCAGGCCAAGCUGACCCUGGCAUUUUCAUAUCUGCCAUUAUACCUGGGGGACCAGCAGAAAAAGCUAAAAGCAUCAAACCAGGAGGGAAGAUCCUAGCCCUGAAUCACAUCAGUCUGGAGGGCUUCACAUUCAGCAUGGCUGUUAGAAUGAUUCAGAAUUCUCCCGACGACAUAGAAUUAAUCAUUUCUCAGACAAAAGGCGUUUGUGGAAAUACCCCAAAUGAACAAAAGAAUAGCACAGCGAGUUCUGGGAUCUUCUCUACAGACAUCCUGAGCCACAGGCACCAGGGAAGCUUGUCGUUGCACACACAAGACCAGGACGGAAAUAUUGAAGAACCAGGAGUGGCUCGGGUGCAGAGCUUAAUGUCCAGGCUAGGGCCUCAGCUCUCCCCGCUGCCAGUAAAGGAUGCUGGUUCUUCUCGUCCUCCAUCACCUUCAGAGACCAAGGCUGGUGAAAUCUACUUCGUGGAACUGGUUAAAGAAGAUGGGACACUUGGAUUCAGCGUGACUGGAGGCAUUAACACAAGCGUGCUCUAUGGAGGGAUCUACGUGAAAUCCAUUGUUCCCGGAGGGCCGGCUGCCAAGGAAGGGCAGAUCCUGCAGGGUGACCGGCUCCUGCAGGUGGAUGGAGUGAGUCUAUGCGGCCUCACCCACAAGCAGGCUGUGCAGUGCCUCAAGGGCCCUGGGCAGGUCGCAAGACUGGUCUUAGAGAGAAGAGGCCCCAGGACCACACAGCAGUGUCCUUCUGCUAAUGACAGGAUGGAAGAUGAACAUGCGGCUGUUUCCUUGGUAACAGCCUUGCCUGGCAGGCCCUCGAGCUGUGUCUCGGUGACAGAUGGUCCUAAAUUCGAAGUCAAACUGAAGAAGAAUGCCAAUGGUUUGGGGUUCAGUUUCGUGCAGAUGGAGAAGGAGAGCUGCAGCCACCUCAGGAGUGAUCUCGUGAGGAUUAAGAGGCUCUUUCCGGGGCAGCCAGCUGAGGAGAACGGGGCCAUCGCAGCUGGUGACAUCAUCCUGGCCGUGAAUGGAAGGCCCAUGGAAGGCCUCCUCUUCCAGGAGGUGCUCCAUUUACUGCGUGGGGCCCCGCAGGAAGUCACGCUCCUCCUUUGCCGACCCCCUCCAGGGGCGCUGCCCGACAUGGAGCAGGGCCGGCAGACACCCAUACUCUCAGCUGACAAAGCAUUCACCAGGGCAACAGGCACCGACUCAGAGCGGAGCCCCAGCCUGGAUCAAGAGGACAACUGGAGGGACAGUGCCUCCCCAGACGCAGGGGAAGGCCUGGGUCUCAGGCCGGAGUCUUCCCAAAAGGCCAUGAGGGAGGUGCAAUGGGGCCAAGACAGAGCGAGACCUUGGGCCAGUUCCCUGAUGCGUCCUCCGGAUUCCCACCCUCACUUAUGCAACCUUCACCAGCAAAGGGACGCAUCAACAUUGGCGACCUCUUUGGAAAAGGAUGUCAGGCAAAACUGCUAUUCAGUUUGUGAUAUCAGGAGACUUGGAAGAUUUUCCCUCUCAUCCUCUCUAAUCAGACUUUCACCAGAUAUUUUCUGAGCACCCUCUCUGCAUGUCUGCAGCGCUGUGCGAAAUGCCGGUGCCUGCCCCGGCUGCUCUUUCUAAUCAAGAGGCGUGUGUGGCGAUCCUGGCAGCCCCCCGAACGCUUGUCUUUGACCGCUGCGCCUGCGGCUGCAUUGCCAGAUAAUGAGCUUCACCAUUCGUCUGCCUCCUGUGUCCUUCCGUGGGGAGUAAAUGUCAUUCCAGUUGGCUGCCUCUCUAAAUAGGCAUGUUUGCAGCGCUCAGAAAAGGACCUGAUCUCUGCACAAAGUGCUUUGAAGGUCGCCUGCUCAGUCGCUCCCAACCCCCUCCCCGGCCCUUUCCAUCCAGCUCCUCUGUUGAAACGGCCAUCAGUCACAGCGGCAAGCACAGCUCUCCGUGUGCUGAAAACUCACUGCACCCGGC